CGACUUUUCCAAGCUCAGUCUGAGCGCAGAAAUCGGCGCGAUCGGGUGGGUUGGCCCAAAUUAGUGAGCAUAAUAUAUCCAAAAGCAGAGCUGAGGCAAGUCCAGCUUAUUCCAGCAGUUCCGGUGAAAAGUGAUAGGAAGAGGCACGAGAGUUGAGCAGAAGAUAUUAGUUUUUCCAGAGUAAUUCCAGAAGUGAUAGAAGUACAAGCAACUGAAACAUAAUGGCGCCCCGCAACAAGGAACAGGAAAAAGAGGUCCUCGACUGGAUCGCCGAGGUUCUCGGCGAGAAGCUUCCGCCCGGUGCCUACGAGGAUGUCCUCAAGGAUGGCGUUGUGCUAUGCAAGUUGGCCAACAAGUUGGUCCCCGGUUCGGUGAAGAAGAUCCAAGAGCGAGGCACCAACUUCCAGCUGAUGGAGAACGUUCAGCGAUUCCAGGCCGCCAUCAAGAAGUACGGCGUCCCAGAGGAGGAAAUCUUCCAGACGGCGGAUUUGUUCGAGCGCCGCAACAUUCCCCAGGUCACCCUCUGUCUGUACUCGUUGGGACGAAUCACACAAAAGCACCCCGAGUACAAUGGUCCCACCCUGGGUCCCAAGAUGGCCGAAAAGAACGAACGUGUAUUCACGGAGGAGCAACUGCGGGCGAACGAAGGCUUGCUGAACCUCCAGAUGGGCUACAAUAAGGGUGCCUCCCAGUCGGGCCACGGAGGAUUUGGAAACACUCGUCACAUGUGAAAAGGGAAAACCUCAGAUUCAUUUUCAUUCACGGCACAAGUGCGUGCGUCAUUUUGCCGCUCUGCCCUGUACUCCCCUUCAUCUAGCUUUACAUAUUAUUUUUAAUUCACAUUAGCGAGAAUCGUCGGCGCUGUUGUCGGUUGGAAAACGCCAACUACAAACUCACACAUUACUUUUGAGGUAUUUAUUUUUCCAAAAACCGAAAAGGAAUUCACAAACCGAACGCUGCGGCCACAGAUCAGAACAUUUUGCAGUCAUUGCUAUUUUUAGAGGGCACAUAACAUGCUCUUGCUGCCGUUCUCUCUGCGGUUGACGGGCUUGUUUGACGUUCACAUCCACAUCCCACACUUCGCCCACGCAAAGAAAUUGUAUUACGUAUUAUAAACAAGUGGAAAACAUGCAUAACCCCGGGGUGAAACGGGACGGAGAGCGGAGGAAAACGCAAACAUUGGAUGCGGAAAAUAGAUUCCCGCCUGAUCGCUAGGUUUCACCGAAUACUUAUCUUUGAGCUACUUUUUAAUGCUACUACUUGUUACGUCUCUAUUUAUUGAUUCUGUUUAGUAAUAAAAAAUAUGAACUUAAUUAUAACAAA